AUGCCGCUCUCCCUCCGCACCACCCCUACGCCCUCCACGCACCUUGAAGACGACGACUCUGACAUGGAAUCUCCUCCCCCCAGUCCUCCCCGCCUCACGUACAGCAAGUACAGCAAGCGGUCGUCGCGAACCCCUCAACCUCUGCCCGUCUUCAACACUCCAUCCCCUUUCAGGCGCAUCACCUCCUACUCGCCUGACGGCGGCCUCCCUAAGUCGUCAUCUGCGGCGUACCCGCCCACCAUCACCGAGGCCGUCACAGAUUCGGAGGCCGACUCCAGUGGGAGCGUGGUCGACGACGACGAGUGGACACACGGCGACUUUGAGAUCCGCAGCGCGGACGGUGUGCGCUUCCGCGUGCCGUCGUACCUUGUGCUGGCCUCGAGCCCUGUCUUCCGCGACGCACACGCACUCAACAACGGCAUUCACAAGAUCACCUUCCUCGACUCCACGUACGAGACCGCCCCAGUCCUCCGUCUCUGGCUCCAGCACGUCUCGCAGGGUCUCAUCACCGUGUCUCUGACGCUGCCGCACUUCAAGGAGCUCACCCUCUUCCUUCUCAAGUGGGAGAUGGAGAGCUGCCUCAACAACCUCAGUGCGCACCUCGAGGUCGCUGUGCGCCGCAGGCUUCUCGGACCGACCGAGGCGUUCGUCGUCGCCGCCUGCGCCGGCGACGUGAGUCUGUGCCACCUCGUCCUCACCGUGUUCCGGCAGGACACAUGGCCCAACGCUACGACCACUCGCAGCUUCACCGAUCGCCUCCGCGGCAAGGUUGGCGAGAGCGUGUGGGACCCGAGGUACUGGAGCGCCAGCUUCUGGGAGGCAGUCCCCCAGAGGUACCUGUUCGCCGUGGCGCGUGCGUAUGGGGAGGGGAAUAACGAGGAUGGCGCGCUUGCGAUCCGAUUCAAGGAGUACCUCCUGCUCCUGGGGGAUUGGAGUUAG